UUUCUGGUGGCUGUGACACCACAGAGCACAGGUCACGCUGACACCUGUGUGCAGGGGCAGCAGCGGGCAGUUGGAUCCUGGCAGGCAGCCAUGUCUCCAACACUGGCCUUGAUCCUGGCCCUGUUAGCUGCCCAGACUGGGCUGACAGCAGACCCAAAAAUUGACGAGAAUGAAUUGAAGCAGAUUUGGAAGCGUGAGGAAGUUCUGCACCAGGAGAUGUCUCGGCUGCUGCAGGAGAUUGAGGGGAGCAGAGGCACAAUGGAAACCCUGCUCUGUCCUGCUCUGAAACAGCACUGGCUGUUUUGGGGCAGUGCACUAGCCCUGGUUCUGGUUCUGCUACCUAUGGGCUGCUGCCUGCUCAGGAGAAGAAGGCGUGGAUGUGUCAGCUGCAGGGAGCAAGAGGGAGCCAAGGAAAAGAAGCAGGGCCUGCCCAGCACGAAGGUGCUGAAGGAGGUGGUGGAUGAGCUCCUCCGUGUCUGCCGAGUGCUCUCCUGGAGGAGCUCAAUGCCUGAGUUGCACCUGGCCUCUGGGACGGACACCAGCUCUGAAGCCUGGAGCAUCCAGCGGAACAGCAGCACCUUCCGCCCGCUGGUCAUCCUGCAGCCACCCCCUGGCUACUCCUUCCACGCUCACAGCACGGGGCGGCCACCAGCCGGGCGCAUCCGUGUGGCGCUGGAGUGCCUGUGCUCCGGGGAGCAGCUGCUGGGGCAGACGUGCUUCCUGCACGCCUCUGGUGGCCAGCUGCCCCGGGAUCAGAGCCUGCUGGACACCCUCUGCACAGGCUCCUGCUUGGAUGCAAGGAAAGUCAUCCGCUGGGUCCAAAUGUUGGUGUCAUCAGCCUGGCUGCUUUUGCCGCAGUCAUGUCACUACCAGCUCUCGGCGCUGCCCUGCAGCAAGUCCUGCAGCUGGCAGCUGAGCAGCACCUCUGGGCUGCACUGCAGGAUUGAGAUGGAUUUGGCCGUGCAGGAAUGCAGCUCAGGUGCCUACCUGAGCCUUGAGUAGGCAGCAGCUCUGCCAGCAGCACCGUGUGGCCAGAGAGCUGCUGCCUCUUUUUCCUACACACCACCUAAGCUGUUCAACAAAUGGGAUGAAAUUUCAGCCCUUCCCUUUAAUAAACCAGAGCUGUGGCAGCUUUUGAAACAGGAGG